CAGACGUGGAGACUGAUCCUGCGGGAGAAGGGGGUUCAUCAUGGCGGACGACCUAAAGAGAUUCCUGUAUAAAAAAUUACCAAGUGUUGAAGGACUCCAUGCUAUUGUUGUGUCUGAUAGAGAUGGAGUACCUGUUAUUAAAGUGGCCAAUGAUAACGCUCCCGAGCAUGCUUUGAGACCUGGCUUCUUAUCUACUUUUGCCCUUGCAACAGACCAAGGCAGCAAACUUGGACUCUCGAAAAACAAAAGUAUUAUCUGUUACUAUAACACCUACCAGGUGGUUCAGUUUAAUCGUUUACCUUUAGUGGUGAGUUUCAUAGCCAGCAGCAAUGCCAAUACAGGAUUAAUUGUCAGCCUAGAAAAAGAACUUGCUCCGUUAUUUGAAGAAUUGAGACAAGUUGUGGAAGUUUCUUAAUCUGACAGUGGUCUUGCUGUGUAUGUUAUCCUCAUUAAACCACACAUAGUAUCAACUCAGCAAUCUCUAAACUACAAUAAUACUUGUAUCUGUGUACUCGAGAAAGGGCCCUCUCUUCCACCUUAAAAGAAAGAGCCUAUAGAUAUAAUUUCUGGACAGACUGAUUGUUAUAUUUCCUUGUUUAGCCUUUUGUUAUUUAGUGAGAUCUCGGAAUACCACAAAAAUGGUUCAGGCUUUCACAGCUCCCAUGGAGUUAAGUUAAUUCAGUCACCAAAUACAGAUGAGACUCUUCAGUGGAUCAGAAUCAAAAUGGUACCUUGAUCCACUUGAACCAUUAAGUGCUCUCUAUUGUAAAAUAUGCUCAGGCCUGCAGAAUGAAGCAGACCCUUUCUAUUGUGAAUAAUAAUAAGGACAUAUUUUUCUUCAUAUUAUGUUUUAUUUCUUUGCAUUGAAUGUGAGGAAAAUAAAAUGGAUCAGCAAAAUUAAUAAAAUCAGUACAAUCACUAACUUUCCUAUGUAUAUAUUAUUUUUCAGUAUAGAUGACUAAUUGAUUUGAUUCUUCUCAGAGGGUGCUGCUCUUUACCUAAAAUUCAAAUUAUAACUAAUAUUUUCCCCCCACUCUGCUGUCUAUAACCAAUCAGUGUUAUAAUGUUUGUGUGUUCUUUAUAAAAUUUAGAUGUGAUUCAAUAUCAAAUUGCUUCCAAUAUUGAUAUGUAUGUAAACAUGAUACUACAACUUUUUUUCAUACAUGAGUAUAAAUAAAAUAGUAUUUUUAAAA